CCAGUGAGACCGUUUGCUGGCAUUGCACAUAUCGAUAUUGAAUACUAUCGAUGUUAUAUACAUAUAUAAAAUAUACAUAUAUCAAAACAUAUAUAUACACAAAUUCAUUGAUUUUGUCAACGUAAAACAUACAGCGGAGCAGUUAAAUCUGAAUGCAGUUAAAUAGGCACGGCCAACUGAAUUGGAAACGCUGGAGCGGCACAAGUGCGGCGGCAAUGCGAACGGACUGAAGACUCUUUUUCACCUGGGCCGCUGUCCAAUCAGAACGCUGCUCCCAAUCAGAACGGUGGGCUGGGGGUGGGCAAAGAAAUCCGGAUACGGGGGGCAGUAGCGAGAAAAAAAGAGGCAACACAAGCUAAAAGCGAGCAACACGAGCGAUGGCAAAAUGACCAGGGAUCUGAGAUUGCGGAUCUAGUAGCGGAUACGGCCGUAAAAUGCCCCGGAACACUUGCAGGCCAAGUGGAUGCGCUGCUAGCCAGGAUGAGGAGCCGGAGGCGAGUGCGAAUAAUAAUAACAACAAUAACAAUGACAACCAAAACCACACCAGCAAUAACGAGGGCAUCAUCAAGCAGGAACUGGAGGCUGCUCCGCCGGUUUGCCACCGGAAAUCGGAGCGCCGGAGAGUGGCCCGCGAUAUCUUCCUGGUCUUCGAGGAGCAGACCACCCGGCGGCGGGGGAAGGGGGCGCGGGGCAAGGCCACCAGGGCCAAGCAAAAGUUCGGACACCUGAAGGUGGCCAAUACGCCGCGUAUCAAUAAGAAUGUGCUGCGCGAGAUCAAAACGGAACCAAAGUGCAGCGCGGAAGUUACGCCGGCUACUGCUGCUGCUCCAGUUAUUCUACCCAUUCCCGCACUGAAUCCCCUCGCUGCUCCCCUGAAUCCUCUCCUGCCGGAGGCGGAGGAGCAGGAGCAGCAGCAGCAGCCGGCAGCCAAAUCCUUGCCGCGAGUGGCGGCCGUUAAAAUGGAAACCAAAACAACAGUCACAUCCUUAGCCAAUGCAUCCAAUGUGGCGGCUCCGUCGGCGACUCCGUCUCCCAAGCGGAUCAGUCCCAAGCCCAAGGCUCCAGAGGAGGUAGCUGCCACUAUUCCUGCCCCUUCCGCACCAGCCACCUCGCCGACGACGCCCAGCGUCAAUCCGAUCUUCCUGUGGGUCAAACAGGACGACACGCGCAUCGUGGAGGUGCGCUGCGAGGAUUACGACAAGCGGAACAGGAUACGCCUGACCAAGACGACCAAUGGCUGGCGCUCCAUGCCGCGCACAGAUGCUUCCUCGACCAGGAUAGUCAAAUUCUUCCAUGGCUCCGCUUCCUCCGCUCCUCUGAUGAAGGUCAAGCGCGAGCAGCACCUGCAGCGACUGGAGGAGGAGGAGGAUCAGGAGCAGGAGCAGGAGCAGCCGCAAGAACAGGCGGAGCAGCAGUUGCCCUCCAUUGGGCAGACUCUGCUGCAGGAUUGGGAUGACAGUGCCACACAAUUGCCCGAGGAGAUUGACGAGGAGGAGGCGGAGGAGGAGGAGCAGCAGGAGGAGGAGCAACAGAAUGCCCACCUCACCACCGUCCUAGAGGACGUGGUGGUUCUGCCGCCUGCCCCCGAGCCCGAGACACCGCCCACGCCCUGUUUCGAUGGCCUGCUGGACAGCGAGGAGACGAAUGCUUCGACCAAGGCCACCAAGACCAAUACGCCCACAUAUCAGAGCUCCACGCCGUCGCCGCUUCAAAUGCAGCUGUGUCCCAAGACGGGUCUGUUUCUGCCCAAGGGCGAUCUUGCCCUGGUUCAGCUGCCCGAGGAGGAUGUCCUGCCGGAGGAGGAGGAGGACAAGCCACUGGAGUGCUUCGAUGCGAAUACCAAGAAUCUGAAGGAUCUGCUGGACGACGCGGAUGAUCUGCUGCAGAAUUGCAGCAGCGAUAAUGGCAGCAGUGGAGCCGAACUCCUGGACUCGCUGGUCAAGCGCAGCUGCGAGGAUAAUCUCGUCCAGGAGCCCAGCACUGGCAACAAUCCGCGAAACUCCUCAUCCUCACCAAACCGCGACCAACUGAGCUCCUUCUGUGUGCCCGAUCUCGACAAGGACCUGCCCAGCAUUCUCCAAAUGGACAACGAUGCGCCCAAGUGUCUGUCUUUUAAUGAGGCCGGCGAGAUCGAGGGCCUCAACGGGGAGCUCUUCCUGGGCAUCGAGGCCUUCGAGAAGCAACAGGAGCCCCAGCCGCCCACUCCGGCGACCGUGGAGCUGACCCAAACGCCCACGCCCACACCGACGCCAGAAAAAGAGAAGGAAAAAUCAAUCGGCGCCGAUGAGACGCCCAAGGAUCUGAGCUACAAGAAGCGCGAGGAGGUGUGUCCUCCCUCCGAGUCACGCAGUCAGUGUGCGGUGACCUCCAGUUCGGAUAUACUCAAGUCCCCGGAACGGGAGCUCCAGGUGCCGGCCAGUUCCAUUCCCGCCGAGGUGGAGACCACCUCGGAAACGAUUAAAAAUCUCAUUCUCGAGCAGUUCCUCAAGCUGAACAACAAUCCCCAGCAGGCGGAGCCCAUGGAUCUGGGCAAGGCCCAGAAGCUCGAGACGGUGGUCAUCGACGACGAGGACGAGGAGGAGGAGGACAACGAGUCCAGUCAGCCGCUGAAGAAGCGACCCAAGGCCGCCGCCGCCAUUGUCAAAAUGGACAAGGAUCCGGAUGCCCUGACCCAACUGAAGAUGCUCAUCAGCAAUCCGCAGUGGAAGGUACCCGAUCCGAUACUCGUGCCAAAGGAUCGCCUCGGCGCGGUGCUGGCCUCUCCGGCGCGAGAGAUUCCGCUGCUGCUGACCACCAGGCCGGAGUUGCGGCUUCCCGAGGCCUUUGCCUAUCCGGAGAUCAUCCAGAAUCCCAACAUUCUAGUGGUGACCAUGGAGCAGCUGGAGGCGAUCCUAAAAACGGAAUCGGAACAGGCGAAGGCCAAGGCGUCGAAAGACCCUGAUCCGGUGAUCGUGGUGCCCAGCAAACCCAGGAGUCCCAGUCCCAAGCAGGCGCAGCCCAAACCUGCGCUCGUUCAACCCAAUCCUCCAGCAGCUGCUCCUCCUCCUCCUUCGCCGGCGGAUUCCAGUCUCUCCACGGAUCUCAAUGCCACCACGCUGGCGUUGCUCCAGCAGAUGCUGUGGCUGCCCUACUUUGGCCAGUUGUCGCAGGAGUUCUUCAAGACCAUCAAGGAUCCGAUGGGACUGCAGCGGAAGUUCAUGAGCAAUCUGCUGCCGCUGUACAACAGCCAGUUUGGCCUACAGCAUCUGGACGAGCUGUACAAGCAGUGUAUGAAACAGAAGCCGGCGGAGGAGCAGCCGCAGCCGCAGCCGCAGCCCAAGGUGGCUGCUCCUCCUCCGGCGGCAGCGGCAGCUCCUCCUCCUCCACCUCCUAGCCAAAGUACAGCGAGCGGAUCGAUUGGCUUCACCAAUCCCGUCGAGCUGGCACUCAUGCAGAAGCUGCUGCAGCCGCAGCUGCCGCAGUUCCUCAACUGGGAGGCAGCCAAGGAGUCAUCUACCGCCGCCGCCUCCUCACAUCAUCAUCAUCAAGAGCACAAGCGACCAAGAAGGGAAACCGAAACGGAUGUUAUUUCCAACUUCAGCAAAUCCAAGCCAAGUGCACCUGCGACUGCCCCGGUGGUAAAUGCCACGCCUCCUGCGGCUCCAGCUCCAGCUCCAGCUACCCAGGCGGAGCACAAACCCAGACUGACCAUUAAAUCGCUCUCGAAUCUGCUGGAACCGGAGGCGAAUGUGGUACCCCUGCUCAACGUGCCCUUCGACGAACUGCGAGGGCGUCCUUCCAUGCACAAGGCGAUGCCGGAUCAGGCCAAGGGUGACGCGGGAACUGGACGCACCCUGCGCUCCAGCAAAGCCUGCGUCACCUACAAUCCCCUCGAGCAGGCCAAGCAGCAGAUGCACCCGGUUGCCGGAACGCAGCAAAGGAAGCGGGGCAACAUGCUCGCCCAGGAUGUCCAGCAGCAGCAGCAGCAGCAGCAACAACAGCAGCAGCAACAUCUCGCGGAGGCCGCGGCGGCAGCCGGAAUGGAUGCCAAUUCAGCGCUCUGGCAUCCGCUUUUCGGAAGCAAUCCCAAACAGGGCUACAACAGCCCCUGGCAGUGGACCACGGUGACGGCUUCUGGCGAAUGACAGUCAAGCCGGGCUCAAAAGGAGCCAGCACCUGCGACGGGAACAAGGACGGCCAGCAGCUACGAGGAGCAGCAGCAGCAGCAGCAACAGCAGCAGGACUACAGCAACUAUCAUGCCUCGGCCAAGCAACAACAACCACAACUUCCAGCAACCAACAAUCAAAAUCACAGCAACAAUAGUAGCAAUAAAUUUUGUUAUCCUACGGCGGCGGCCAUGGAGAAUAUGUUCCAGAACAAUCAGAUGGCGGCCGCCGCCGCAGCUCGUGAAUCGCUAUUGAAUUCUUAUCUGUAUCAGAAAGAAGGCGAAGCCAAUUACAUGUCGGAGCAGAGCUACUGGCAGCAGCAGCAGCAGCAACAUCAUCAGCAGCAGCA